UGUACGGGAAAGCUCGUGCAAGUCGCCACCGAUCAAUAAGUAGAGGGCUGUUUUGUCAGACAACGCGGCGCAACGCUCCACGUAACGCUCCGCGCGCUCGAGCGGAGCUCAUUCGCGAGACGAACGGAUCAUGCCUCGGUAAUUUCCUCAAAUUCGUGCCCGCGACGUUCGUCUGUCGGAAAUCAACUGGCAAUGGCAUCGCUGGAGGACAGUUGGAAGGAAGCUACGGAGGACCUGGACGCCGCGAUCUGCGACUCCUGGUUCACGCGCCUGCAGGAAGUCUACUCAGAAGAGAAACGCACGUACCACAAUCUGGACUCGGUCAGGGACAAGCUGAAUCACUAUUACGAAAUCAAAAGCAAUCUUAAAAACCCGCGAGCCGUCCUGCUUGCCAUAUUCUUCCAAAACUUCGAGUACGAUCCUAAAGCCUUGGUCUUCAGCGAAGACAAAAAUCUCGAGCACUUCAAUGCAUUCGCUGACGAGGCCGAAAUUCCGUCGGAUGCGGAGCUCAGAGAGGAGACCUGUGCUCUGCUGAAAGUAGCGGCGACUCACAGCACCGAUGCGCACAAGGUGGGUGGUGCCUUCGGCAGCGAGGACGCUCACUAUUUUCUGGACCUAGAUAUGGCAGUACUCGGCUCUCCUCCGGAAAAUUACGCCGAGUACAGGGAGCGAAUACGCGGGGAGUACUCUUUCCUCAGCGAGCCCAUGUACACGGCGCUACGGUUGAAGGUGUUGCAGAACUUCCUGCAGAUCCCGAACAUUUUCGCGACCGUGGAGUUUCGCGACAAGCUGGAGGAGCAGGCGCGCCAGAACAUCCAGGCGGAGGUGGAGAUGCUAUCUUAGAAUUUCGUCGCUUUGCUUUCGUUCGAGGGUUCGCGUUUCACGCGCACGACGCCUUCGAGGACGAUCCGCCGGUUCGGGAGCCAAUGAUGCAAAGAGUUUUUAGACGCCUACCUCACAGAGACGCGCAUCCGUCGCAUCUGUUUCUGCAGAAACGCAAAAAAAGACAAAAAAAAACAAUUAUUGAAUGCGAAUCUCUUGGGACCGAGGGCAGAGGGUAUUCAAAUCGCAUUCGCUUCACAGUUCUUUUAUAAAUAUAAGAGUUUACGUAAUUGUUUACGCACAAUCGUUAACCGCUGUUCGUUCUGCGUAAACGCAAUUCGUAAUCAGUUGAUUUAUUGCAAAUUUUAAUUACUCCAACGUAGUAAACAACUUACUUGAAGUACUUUAAUUCGAGCAACGUUGUUUUAAUUAAAGAAUGCUUAUAAUUACAGGUAAUUAUAAGUGUUCGUGUAAUGUAGACGAGACCUGGCAAAAAAUUUUUCAUGUAUAAUUAAAUAUAGUCAUAUAUAAUUAUAUAUAGUUAUACAUAAUUAUAUAUCAAAUAUGUCCAUAUAUAUUGAAAUAUAUAUAUAAUUAUAUAUAAUUAUUGCACAUACUUUCAUAUAGUCAUUAUACAUAAUUAUGUACGAUUAUAUGUAAUUGCAUCCAAUUAUAUAUCGAAAUCAUGCAUAAUUAUAUAUAAUUAUUAUAUAUUUUUUUAAUAUAUAUAAACAUAUUUGAUAUAUAAUUAUAUUUAAUUAUUAUAUAUAAUUAUAUAUGAAAAAAUUAUUUUUUCCGGAGAAGAAGGUGCUCUAAGGUGCUUACAGAUUAUAAUUAUAAAUAAUGAAUAUAUGUACAUAUGUGUAUUAUUUCUAAAGCUGUAUAGUGAUACUUUUUAGUUCAAUAAUUGUUCGAUUGUCGAAACUGUCUUACUCUUGUGAUCUUGCACGUUGAAAUUUGGAAAAAUGACGACCGGUUCUCAUCGUGUCACCUCUUAGGAUUUGUGAAUGGAAUUGACGUAUCGAUAAAUGUAAUACCAGUAUAUUUUAGAGAGCGUAUUUUCACCGCACACUAUACUGUAAACGUGAUCAAAAAAAGUGGCACGUAUCUCAAAAUCAGAAGAAAGCGCGCUUCAAGACGCAUUUUCAUGUCCGCAUUUUCAUGUCCUCGAUCAUUUUCUUCGAAACACAGUUACAAGAAUUAAUCGUUGUAAGAGUUCUACAGAAAAGUUUCUGUAAAUCUCCAAAGAUUUUAAAAGAAUCCAAAGAGAAGCUUUCCACAUCGUGUCCACGAAAUCCCUUUCGAAGCAAGCUUGUAUUCCCUCGUCUGCGGCAACGCAAUGCUGACAUGCAUUUUAAGCAAGUUAAAAAAAAAUUGUUUACUGCUGCAAAGAGAGCAUGUUUUAUGGUACGUGUUCGAGAUGUUGGUAGAAAGAGAGAAUUGUUAAACGAUAGUUGUGACGCGGCGUUUUCCGAUGCUCGCGAUCGAGAAAAUUGCAAAAAUGUGAAAAUAUUACAAAUAUUAAAUACGAUGUACAAUGAAAUAAAGAUGAUUAUUAAGUA